UUGAAGUUAAAACAUGAGAAUACUUCGUAAAAAAAUCGCCAUUGUUCUUUUUCUUGCAUAUGUUGUGUUUUCAUUGUAUGCUGCAUACAAUGUGUUUUUUGGCAAGAAAGUAAUUUCCCGCACACACAGGGUAGUGAAGAAAGGCUCUGUCGGAACGGGUAAGAACCUUGUUCAAAUGUCUGGUAGCUGCCGAGGAGGCAGCCAGUCAUUUGAUAGAGAAGAGUGGAACCCAUGGGAGGAGGAAGAACGCGCUGAAUCCAUCCUGCUGCAAAAACGAAGACAUGCCUUCAGAUCGUACCAAGAACAAAUUGCCAAAAGCAGGCCCAAAAGAUACAAAGUCCAGAUCUUAGGCAAAGCUGCUAUAGGACUUUACCUUUGGGAGCAUAUUUUAGAGGGACCGCUCAAUCCAUCAGACAGUACAGGGCAAUGGAGAGAGGGGGAGACGCAGUCUGGGAAGAUCAACUUCAGUUUCUAUACAGGGCCUGCCGUGGUUCAAGGUCAUGUCCCCCUGGAUACAGACAGCAUGGUUUUGGUACUCAAUGGUCGUGAGCAGCAGAAGAUCUUGUAUUCCACCCAGUGGUUACAGUAUGUCCACACUCUGGUGCAAGCCCACUCUGUGUCCCAUGUGGCUGUGGUCCUGCUGGGCAGUGAACAGUGCACCAAUGACUGGAUUCUUCCUUACCUUAAAAGAGAAGGAGGCUUUGUGGACCUGCUUUUCCUUGUGUAUGACAGCCCCUGGGUUAACGAUAAAGAUGUCUUUCAGUGGCCUCUUGGUGUAGCCACAUACAGAAACUUCCCAGUUGUCAUGCCUAACACUCAGAUGGUGAGUUCUCCCCGACCCUACCUUUGCAAUUUCCUUGGAACUGUCUACAAGAACUCCUCCAGAGAGACUUUAAUGGGCAUCCUGAAACAACAUGACCUGGAAAAGGAAUGUGUGACCAGUGCAAGAGAGAAGUGGCUCCCUCAGGAGACGGCGGACACGCUGAGACAGUACCAGAUGGCGCUGGCUCAGAGUGACCUCACUCUGUGCCCAGUGGGAGUGAACACGGAGUGCUACCGUGUCUACGAGGCCUGCGCUUAUGGCUCCGUGCCCGUGGUGGAGGACGUCCUAACGCAGGGGGCCUGCGAGGCCGGCCGUAACUCCCCCCUCCGCCUGCUCAAAGACGCGGGAGCUCCCUUUAUCUUCCUCAAGCGCUGGGAUGAGCUGCCUGCUGUCCUGGAGAAGGAAAAAAAGAUGACCCAGGCAGAAAAGACAGAGAGGAGGAUGAAGCUUCUCGAAUGGUACGGCGGCUUCCGGCAGCAGAUGAAAGACAAAUUCACGGAGGUCCUCGAAGAAGCUUUCUUUAAAAUGAGCUAGCC